GCUGUUUUACUUUGAAGCUGUCGAUCGACGCCAUUAGAAAAAAAGGCGGAAAAACUCAAAAGAAAACAUAAAAACUCAGACGCCUGCUAAAAAGGAAACAAAGAAAAUCGUACAACAAUUUAAGAAAUUUUCGGAGCAAAUAGCAACAAAUCGAAGGCAAAGAAACAAAAUGCCACGCACAAAGAUACCAAAGAAUUCGAAACGGAACCGAGAGGCGGCCAAUCGUGAGGAGAAAAUACGCGUUUACGAAUUGAAAACGGAUUCCAUACACUUGGCAUUAGAUGAUAAGGAGACGCGCUACAAAUCAAUGACUGACACAGCAAUACAGCUAAUACAAUCGCGACUGCAAUCCGAAUUGUGCAACAUGAAGAUGAGCGAAUUUCUCGACAUCAUCGCAGAGCUUGAGCAUUUUGACGAUUUCAAGGCCAGCGACCAAACGCAGCACAUUGCCACCCAAUCCAUGUGCAACAGCACAAUAAACGGCGGCGGUGGCGCCUCCAACGACGGUGGCAGCAUCAAUUGCGGCAGCGCUCUUGCCGCAAACAGUCGCAACGACGAAGGCUACCUUACAGAGGACAGCGGCAUGGGCGGAGGCGCCAUCAGCAUCAGCGGCAGCAUCAACAACAACAUCAGCGGCAGCAGCAACAGCGUCAAUACCAUAAGCACAUUGUCCGCUUACAACGGUGCCGCAAUGCGCUCGGCGCGCGCUAUGCGAACUCCUGGACCACUGCAUUCGGCGCGUGCGCGCCGUGAACGUCGCAGUCGCUCCGCCUGUGGGAGCAAGCUGGGGCAAGCAGUCGGCGGUGCCACAACUACGAGCAGCAGCAACUCGUCGUCGAAUGCACAUCGCAACUCGCGCAGCAAAUUGCGCACUCCAAUGGCCUCGCGUCCGAAGGCGUUCAGCGCGGAUCGCACAGCUCGCAAGCCACGCCCAACAUCUUCGCCUUCCACACCGCCCAUGGCCUUUUUGCGGUGGCCCAAGCCGGGCGAGGUGGCGCUCUCCCAAUACGGCAGUCCCAUCGUAUCCCAAGUCAUGCCGGAUAAGUUUGCCAAUGUUAAUAUACCAAUAAGGAAUGGCGUAUUGUCGCUGCGACCGCGUAAACUGGGUGAAAUAAAGGCGGAUCUGCUCGAGAAUCUAGAUGCGGACACCCUUAACCAGAUUAAGACAUUGCACGAGAAUUUACAAUUGAUUGUUGACACCGCCAGCAAAGCAGGAUUAAAGUAGCGCUCAUCCGAAAGCUAUUUAUCCAUCCCACUUUGCCAAUCUAUAAAUACCCCACGUAUUUUAUGUUUGCUUAGUUAUCGAUUAUAAUCACGCAUUUCAUUUCUGUAUUUUCAAUUUUUUACGCAUUAGUGUUUUUUAAAGUGUAUUUUAAAAUUUAAGCUUAUGUUUCUUAAUAAAUUUCAAUGUUCAUUCA